CAUCAUCUGAUGUUCCAAUGAGAUCGAUAUAUUGGCCCCGAAGGAAGUGCGCCUUCCAUGAACAUCGGUUGUUCGGCGGUAUGCGCCUAUAGUAUUCCUUCUCCCGCCUAUUCAACAAGAUUUAUCUUCAAUGCGGGGACACUACUCCUUUAAUUCCCACUUCAACUGAUAAGACAUGGGGUAGAGAUGUAUAUAUAUAUAUCCCCUCAGGGUUGUCUCAUUCAACAAUAUCUAGUUACUAUUUAUUGCAUUAACUUGGAGUUAUUUAUCCAAAACAUAAUUUAGUCAAGAUGUCAACUUCAACAGCCACCGAAGUUGCUACCCUGCAAAAGGUAGACUACAGUGGGAUGAAUAUUAAGCCUGCCGUCGAGGAUAAAACUUUCCAGGCGACUGCCCGUGGCGACCGUAAAGGAACGCUCAAAUUACCUGGAAUCCCGGUAUUCAAUGACCUCUACGAGAAGCGCAAAUGGAUGAAGGAGCACAUGGCGGCGGCAUUCCGUUUCUUCGGAAAGCAUGGACACGGGGAGGGUAUCUCGGGACAUAUUUCCAUGAGAGACCCCAUCCUGAAAGACCACUUCUGGAUGAAUCCAUAUGCCAAGCAUUUCUCAGCCAUGAAAGCUUCCGAUCUUGUCCUAGUCGACCAAGACGGCUAUGUGACAGAAGGAGGAAACCAGGCGCCCAUUAACGAAGCCGGAUUCAUGAUCCAUUCGGAGAUCCAUAAGGCCAGGCCCGAUGUGGUUGCUGCUGCCCACACCCACGGGGUCUAUGGAAAGACGUGGAGCGCGUUUGGGAAGAAGGUCGAAAUGAUCUCUCAAGAUGCGUGUAAUUUCUAUGGAAAAUUGGGCGUUUAUCUUGACCAUGGAGGAAUUGCAUUGGCUCAAGAAGAGGGACGCCAGAUUGCGAACGCUUUAGGGAAGGGUAACAUGGCUUGUAUUUUGCAGAACCAUGGUUUGCUAACCGUAGGCACCACUGUGGAUGAGGCGGCCUUUCUCCUCUCCAGUUUGGAUCACGCGUGUCAUUCUCAGCUAAUGGCUGAAGCGGCCGCUGCCAACGGAAUCGAGAAGCAAAUUAUCAAUGAUGAAGUGGCCGAGUAUUCGGCUAAGGCAGUUCAAACUCCGCAUCAUUUCUACACCGAGUUUCAGCCUGAGUUUGACCUCAUUGUAGAGGAGACCAACGGACGAGUCCUUCUGUGAUUCUGUAAGAACUGGACCUAGGGUGCUGGAGUCGGAAUCAUCUCUAGCUUUGUUCCGUUUCUCAUCUAAGGAAUCAUACCACUAGGAUAUCACCGAGCUUCAAUGAAAUUUGUACUGCUAGAUAAGAGAAAAGGAGAAGGAGAAGGAGAAGGAGAAGAUGAAGAAGAAUAUCACUCGUCAUCUGUCUUCA